CGGCAAGCGAGGCCUGAAGAGAGCCGCUAGGCGCAGAGGCUUUAGGGGCGCCGGGAGCCAUCAUAUCGGCCCGCCUAACGCGGAGGGGAGCCGCUCGCUAUGCUCGGUGUUAGACUUGCAGCCUCCGCCUGACUCGGCCCUGCAAUGCAGAGCGCAGGCCUGCCCGGCCUCGGGCUAGUGCCCCGCUGGGCCCGCGCCGAUGGCCUAGAGCGCAGAGUCGCCUUCUUGCAGCAACAGCACUCCGAGACUCUGGCCCAGCUGCACCAGGAGGUGGAGCGGCUGAAGCGCCACAACAAGGAUCUUCAGUACAAGCUCAUAAUGCAGCCCGCCUUGUACAAGCCUGCUGCUUCUCCCAGCGUUCUGUCUUCCAAGCCUUGUCAAAGGAGUAGCUCUGUGGAAAAGGUAGCUUUGAACCCGAAGGCACCAGAAAGCGGUUCUGCAAAACUAGUGGGAAAGAAGCAAGUGGGUGAAGAGCUCACAGACAAAAUGGAGAGUGCAGAAGAGGCAGCCGCCAGGGUGAUGCAAGAUGAAGCUGAGGCUCUCGGUUCAGAAGAGGAGACCCCAGCAGAGAUGCCUCCACCCAGAAAUACAGAAGUCUGUGACAGAACAACCUCCCCAAUACCUUUUCCAUCCCCACAUCAAACUAAACCCAAGGAAAUGAAAAUCCCUGCAGCUUCUUCCAACCCCUUCUUGGUAAAUGUACUUCCAUCGCACAUGCGGAAGCCACCAACGCUGGAGGAGUGCGAGGUGGUCAUUCGCCAGCUGUGGAAUAUCAAUCACAUGCAGAUGCAAGAGCUGAUGUAUUUGAGAUCAUGUUUGGAAGACAUCCACAAGACAAAAAGAAUUCCUGAAGACUAUAUGCUAGUUGGGCAACUUGGGAACCAGGAUGCUACACGUUUACCUAGAGUAAAGAAUGUUCCUAAGAAAUGUAGGAUUGUAACACCACUGCCUGCUGCUGAAAGGGCUGUGCUACCAGCACUGAAGCAAACAUUAGGAAAUGCUUUCGCCGAGAGACAGAAGAGAGCACAAGCUGCUCAAAGGAACAGGCUCCAGCGGACUAUGCUUUAGCAAGCAGAGUUCAGUCGAUCUCCUUCUAUAAAUGGCUCAGAAGUCACCCCCAGACAUGUUUGUUCUCCACUUUGUGUACCUGAAGAGUUUGCACUGUACUUCCAACAGGGCCUUGGCCUGAUGUGUUCUCUCAUUUAACUUUUUUUUGGAAAGGUCAUA